AUGGCUGGGAGGAAUGACACUGUGGUGACCGAGUUCUUCCUCACUGCGUUCCCAGAGCAUCCCGAGUGGGGGCUCCCUCUCUUCCUGGUGUUUUUGAGUUUCUAUCUCCUCACUCUGCUGGGGAACACGGGAAUGGUCAUCCUGAUCCGUGUGGAUGGCCGGCUUCACACCCCGAUGUACUUCUUCCUUGGCCACCUUUCCUUCGUGGACAUCUGCUACUCGUCCGUCACGGUCCCCCAGAUGCUGGCCGUGCUGCUGGAGCGCGGGGCAGUUCUGGCCUACACACGCUGUGCCGCUCAGUUCUUCCUCUUCACCUUCUUUGCUUCCAUCGACUGCUACCUCCUGGCAAUCAUGGCCUAUGACCGCUACGUGGCCGUGUGCCGGCCCCUGCUUUAUGUCACCGUCAUGACCGAGAAGGCCCGCUGGGGCUUACUGGCUGCAGCUUACGCGGCUGGUUUCUCCAGUGCCUUUGUUCGGACGGUCACAGCCUUCACCCUCUCCUUCUGUGGAACCAAUGAGAUCGACUUUAUUUUCUGUGAUCUCCCUCCCCUGUUAAAGCUGACCUGUGGGGACAGCUACACCCAGGAGGUGGUCAUUAUUGUGUUUGCCAUUUUUGUCAUGCCUCUUUGUGUAUUGGUGAUCUUGGUGUCCUACGUGUUUAUCAUCGUGGCCAUCAUGAGGAUCCGCUCUGCGGGGGGCCGGGCCAAGACCUUCUCCACGUGUGCCUCCCACCUCACGGCCGUGUCACUCUUCUUUGGUACUCUCAUCUUCAUGUACCUCCGAGGCAACUCGGGCCAGUCCUCGGAGGAGGACCGAGUGGUGUCAGUGCUCUACACAGUGGUGACCCCCAUGCUGAACCCCUUCAUCUAUAGCCUGAGGAAUAAGGAGGUAAAGGAGGCGGUUGUGAAAGCCCUGAGCAGGUCAAAGUCUCGUGGAAGGCCCUAGAGGGACUCUUGCCAAGUACGUCAUUCCUUCGUUUCCCUGUCCUUUCUGUCUAUCCUCAACUUUCACCAACUGGGGAGACUUUCCCAGACAAUCCUACUUCGAAUUGCACCCGAACUUCCCACCUCCACUUUCAGAUUUAUUAUUCUAUGUCAUACUUGUCACCAUCCGAUGCCCGAUGUGCUACAUAUGUGAUAUUGUCUAAUUCUCACAAACUAAAAGGUAAACUACACGAGAGGAGGCGUUUUUGUCUGUGAAAUCCACUUCUGUGCGGUCAGUGCCUCGCCAAGCACCUAGCACGUAAAAAGCACCCAACAAGUAUUUGUCGAAUAAACGCAUUCAUCUCUGG